AUGGAUAGUUUUAAAAUUCUCGUGUUAGGAGACCUGGGAGUAGGAAAAAGCUCCUUUUUAAAAUUAAUAAGUGAAAAUUUUAAUGAUUUAUAUCCUAUAGAUUUCUUUGAUUAUUUUAUACAUUUAGAUGAAAAAGAAGAAGAGGAAGAGGAAAAGAAAAAAAAAGAAGAGAAGAAAAAAAAUGAUUUUGUAUGUGCUAAAGAUUUGGCUAGUAACACAAGUACCAAACAUAAUGUAGAAAAUGUAGUAGAAAAUAUAUUUUUCCAGGCAAAAAAAAACUUUUUACAAUUUAUUGAAAAUAAAAUGAAUACUAACAAUUUUAUUUUUGAAGAGAGACAUAAAUAUACAUAUGGAUUUGAAAUAUAUACUUUGUUAUGGUCGAGAAAUAAUGAGUACAAUAAUAAAUUUAAAAAAAAUAAUCCUUUAAAUAUAAUAAAAAAUAUGGAAAAAAAAUCUAUAAAAGAAAUAUAUUACAAAAACGAAGAUAGUAAUAAUAAUAUGUGUUAUGAUAAUAAUAAUAAUAAUAAUAAUGAUAUGUGUUAUAAUAAUCAUAUAUCUAUUAACAAUGAUCAUGCAGAUCUUAAUCUUUCAUCACACUCCAAUGAUAUAAAUAAUUUUUAUAUGAUAGAAUUCUUAGAAAUAGGAGGAAUACAAACGUACUCAUAUAUUCGUAAUAUAUUUUAUGAAAAGGUUGAUGGUAUAUUACUAGUUUAUGAUUCAUCUAAUAAUAAAUCUUAUCAUAAUUUAGCUAAAUGGUUGUAUGAGUUAUAUAUAAAUACAAAACCACCUUCAGAUGUUUUUUGUGGAGAAAUAAAAAAAAAAAAUUUUCUAUGGAACUUUUUUCACACACAAAAGAAAAACAAAAACAAAAACAAAGAAAAUCAAAAUAAAGAUCACAAAAAAAAUUAUGAACAAGAUCAAGAUGAGGAACAUUUAGAAUAUGAUAAAAAUAUUUAUAAUAAAUAUAAUUAUAGUAAAGAAAUGAAUAAUACAUUUUGUCAUAAAAAUUCAUACAAAAGGAAAAAUAAAAAUACUUACAAUGAUAAUUAUGAUAAUUAUAAUAAUGAUGAUGAAGAAGAUUUUUUCUCUGAUGACAAUUCAGAUAUAGAAAAAGGUUCUUAUAAAUAUAAUGAAGACAUAUUAAACGGUCAAAUACCAAUAGCAUGUGUUGCCACAAAAAUUGAUAAAAAAAAUGCAAAAGAAAAACCAGCUUAUGUAAAAACUCCUAGAACUUCCUAUCUUUAUAAUUUUUUUUUUCCUGAUCUUAUAAAUAAUGAUGCUGUAUAUGAUAGUUCAAAUAAUAUAAAAAUUAAAAAACAUAUUCUGAAAAAACUAGAACAACAUAUUACUCAAGCUAUAGAAAUUAAGGCUAGUUCUAUCGAUUGUGUGGUUGACAUUGAAAAUUUUGUUACCUUUCUUAAAAAUGUUUAUAAUAAAAAAUUUAACAUUCAAAUGUGUUAA